GUAGAUCUGGACUUUCUGUGCACGUUUUCUCUUACAGCCGUACGGCGGGGAAACUCAUAAAUUCACAAGUUAAAGUGACAGUGGUAGCCGACGGCAGCGAUCUCUCAGUUCCCUGUCACUCUAGAGCUGUGGUUUCCUCUGAGUUUCAAAGGACCUUCACGUGACUUACUUGAAAUGAGCUACAGGCCCAUUCCAAGAAGAAGUAGAGGCAGUCGCUCUGAUAAAGGACGGGGGCUCACGAAGAGCUGCUCACUUCUCUUCACCUGCUUGUCAGGCCCACCGGCGGUCAUGUAAGAUUGACCUUCAGCUUCCUCCUUGUGUUUGGCCCUGGUGCUUCCAGCUACCAAAGCUGCAUUCGUCUCAAACCUUCUUUGACAGCACCACCAUCCUGUUGAUUGGACUUAACCUUGGGUCUUGUGGUGUUGGUGGGCUUCCUGGACUACAAGCGGUGUUCUGCCAUUGUGCUCUAGCUGGAUAAAGACUUUGUUCUUUAAUCUUUUCCUGAUUCUCAGCAACCUCGGAGCCUGCGUCCCAUCAACCGACUGCAGGUACCACCUCUGUCUCCUCCCACCCCCUGACUGGUCCCUGCAGUCAUCUAAUGUAUGCACUAUCAACUCCCAGCUGCUUAUUCUAGACAGAAUGUCACAGAGAUCACCACCGUCCGUCAGCUCCCUCUCCAGGAGUGCACCCGACACGUCUGGGUCAGAGGCUGACGCUCUAUCACAGAGCCCUGGCGUAAGCAACAGAAAAGUACGAAGAAGGGAAAAAAACAGAGUGGCCGCCCAGAGAAGUCGCCGGAAACAGACGCAAAAGGCGGACAAGUUACAUGAGGAAUAUGAAUGCCUGGAACAGGAGAAUUCCUCUCUUAAGAGGGAGAUUGGAAAACUCACGGAUGAACUGAAAAACUUGAGUCAAGUCUUGAAGGACCAUGAACAGAUAUGUCCAUACUUGCGCUGCCCGAUGAACUUUGUGACUGUGCCCAGAGUGGCAGAUGCCCUGUCCGGCUGCUUGCCCCGGUGACCACUACUGUUUAGGAAUAAACCAAGCCCAACGAAUGGAAUCCAACAGAUCUUCUUUCCAGGGUAUCUUGAAGCCAAACUCCAGACAGACAUAAAAGACACCAAUUAAUGCACUCCAUAUUUAUUAAUAUGUCUUUAAAUCUAAUUGGAUUUUAAUACAAGUGGUGUAACUACCUGAAUUUGACUUUGUUUCGGUCUUCUGCAGUCCCUUCACAGCAGAGCUUGGAUUGAGGGAAGGAAAAGCAGCCCAAGGAGCCUGUGAGUUGCAAUGGAAGGGACAUGUUAAUUGGAGGAGAGAAUAGUGUCAGAGAUACAACUUUAACAGUGCUGCUUCAUUUUUUACUCUCCAUUCACACAGCGGGGGUGUAAGUGAAAGUGAAACUGCAGCAGAGAAAGAUCAGGUCUCCUCCCCUACCAGGCUGUAUACAUAUCAGGACUAGAUGGACAGAAAUACAAACCACUUGGUCAGAGAAGAUAUCUCCUAUAUGAAUAGUACCUGUGUAUGUAAUUGUUUGCCUGGAGUCCAACUUUAAGUCAAUUGACCAACCCAAUGGGAUUUACUAAGUGGCAGCUAUCAUGUGCACACGAGAUUAGAAGAAUCGGGAUGGUACCUGAAGAUUCUGUAUUACCCCCGACAUCUCUGGACAUUCUUUACUACAAUGUAUGUCUGGUGUCUACAAAUCGUAAUUCAUCCUACUUGAAAAUAUGAAUCAUGUUACAUUUAUUUUGUUAUUAAUAAAUA